UUUAGGGCUUUUGGCAUAAGAUGCUCCGUUCUGGCUAUGCCUUCACUGCAACGCCCUUCUCAAAGCCCUGCCUUUCUCAACAGAUGGAGCCGAGGAUGUUUUUUAUUUAGAGGUUUAAGUGGCGGCAGGUCUGACACAUUGAAGAAUUCCCCUGCCCUGCAGCGGCCUGUGAGAAUCACCUGGAGGAAGAGGAGGAAGAGACGCAGCCCAGACAACGGCAGAAAUAGAAGCUGUUCUAACUUGGGAAACCUGUUAGGCUCUCUUUGAUCAACCAACAUGGCUUCAGUACGGGAAGUGUCCAGUUUCACCGAAGACCUGCUGUGCCCCAUUUGCCUCUGCCUCUUUCGCGAGCCCCACAUACUGGAGUGCGGCCACAGCUUCUGCGCUCCCUGCCUGGAGCCCUGCAUCCCCACAGGGGAAAGUAGCGGGCUCUGCCCUGAGUGCCGGCUCCCCUUCACUUUGCGCCACAUGAACCGAGCCCUCUGCAGCUUGGCCGAGAAGGCCCGGCUUCUGAAGCUGGAUGAAAGGGCUCAGCUGAGCGGCACCGGCGUCUGGUUCUUCUGUGAGGAACACGAGGAGCCUCUCAAGCUCUUCUGCAACCAAGAUGAGGAGCCGGUUUGCGUCAUCUGCCGGGACUUGCCUCGGCACCAGGGACACAACUUCCUGCCCAUCAGAAACGCAGUUCAGAUCUAUCAGGACCGGCUGAAGGCAUCUCUGGAGCCUCUUGAGGAAGGUCUCAGGCGGUUGAAAAGGAGCCAGUGCCACCAGCAGGAGAACAUUAUCGAAUUAAAGACCUGCUCCAAAUCCUUGUCUGAUCAUAUCUCUGAAGAGUUUAUGAAGAUGCACCAGCUGCUGAACGACAGAGAGCGGGCUAUAAAACAGGCCUUAGAAAACCAGCGAGAAAAGAACUUGGCUCAGAUGGAAACCAAGUUAAAGGAACUGGACUGCAAGAUGGCUUCAUGUUCCGAAACUCUUUGUCGUGUACAGGCCAGCCUUGAAUGCAAAGACCACAUUAGUUUCCUUAAGGAGGCAAAAGAGUUGCUUGAGAGGGUCCGUAAGGAACAAGGAGCUCCGGAGGAACCCGAACUAGAUGCUGAACUGGUGGGAGAAGAUAGGCUGGGGGUCAGCAGUGAAGACACAGAUGAGUGUGAGAAUGAGACUGAUAAAGACGUUGAUGAGGAGGAAGAGGAGGAAGAAGAAGAGAAGGAAGAAGAUGGAGUGGUGGCUGUAGACUUGAACCUGGGCGAGUUUAAAGGACCUCUGCAAUUCUAUGCCUGGAAGGAGCUCCUGGGUGCAGUACAUCCAGUCCCUGCAAGAAUCACUUUGAACUGGAAAUCAGCUCAUCCCAGCUUGGUCCUCAUGCAAAAAGCCACUGAGGUCAAGUUCAGUCCUGACCGACGGUUGUGUCAAGAAAUGCCGGAGAGGUUCACUUCCACCCCGUGUGUGGUGGGAUGGAAGGGCAUUACCACUGGCUGCUUCUACUGGGAAGUCGAUGUCGAGGUCGCCACUGAUUGGAUAGUGGGGAUGGCCAAAAAGUCUGUGAAGCGCAAGGAGGAGCUGAACUUUCUACCCCAGGAAGGGGUGUGGGCUAUUGAGCUGAAGGCGGGAGAGUACCAAGCUCUGAGUGAGCCCCGAACGCCCCUCUCGGUCUGCGGGGAGAUAGAAAAAAUUGGGGUUUACCUGGACUUUGAAGAGGGGCAGCUCUCUUUUUACAACAGCAGCAGCAUGACCCACAUCUACACCUUCCAAGUGUGCUUCCAUGAAGGGCUGCUCCCUUUUCUCAGCACUCGCAGUGAAUACCCCCUCUCAGUGAGGGGCCUGGAGCUUUGAGAACUUAGCUCAGGGUGUAGCAUUGCAAAGAACAGCCUAGUGAAAGUUGAAAACAUCGAGGUGCGUUAGGAUGGCUGUUUUAAGAGAAAGUCCAUGCUAUUCCCUCUUUGCAAGCAAUUGCUCAAAGAUUCGAAACUGGUCUGACCUAACUAUUGUGGUCCAUGAUGGUUGUUCUAGGUGCAGGGACUGCUAUAAGUGUAGCUUUCAAGUUGACCUUCUAUUUCCCACACGCUUAAUUUCCUUGACCCGUUGACUGUAGUGAGGAUAGUUCUCUGCAUUGAGGCACAAUCUCCUAUAGUACUUUACAGCGAGUCUUGACUUAUAACCACAACUGGGACAGGAAUCUCAGUCACUGGGCAAAAUGGUAAUUAAGCAAGAUGCCUAUGGGACUACUUUGCUCAGUGAUCUCAAUUCUGGCACUCCCAGUUGCAGUCAUGUGAUUGUGGGGGUCAUGAAGCAGAGUGCAGGGGAGAGGCUGUGGGAGUCCUGACACAGGCCAUGUGUGGCCGGUGGGGUAUUGUAGUGUGGUGCAAAGCCACAGCCAUCCCAGCUCAUCCCUGCAGGGCAGGACGUGACGGCAGCAGCGCCACACUGGAUUUGAAGUAGAGGCCUAAGGCCUUCAGCAGCCUCAGCCAGCUGUGACCACCCUAGUCUCUAGGGUGACUCAGUUGCCACCUCCUUUAAUCAGGCCAAACUAAGAGAAGGCAAAGACUUAAUAAGCCAUUGUUAGUUAGUUCAUGGUCAAACAACAACAGACCCAAUAGAACAGUGGUUCUCAACCUUCCUAAUGCUGCGGCCCUUUAUUUAUUUAUUUAUUUAUUUAUUUAUUUAUUUAUUUAUUUAUUUAUUUAUUUAUUUAUUUAUUUAUUUAUUUAUCAAAUUUCUAUACCGCCCUACUCCCGAAGGACUCAGGGCGGUGAACAGCCAAGAUAAAAUACAGAUACUACAAAUAUUAAAAAAUCCCUUAAAAUUAUUAAAUAUUUUGGCCGAAACACAGAUUAAAACACCCAAUUUAUAAAAUCACGAAUUAAAAAUUUAAAAGAGGAGAGUUAGGCCAGGCCAGCCUGCUGAAAUAGAAAAGUUUUGAGAGCACGGCGAAACGUGCGCAGGUCCGGGAUGCUCCGUAUCUCUGGGGGGAGCUCGUUCCAGAUGGUAGGUGCCCCCACAGAGAAGGCUCUCCCCCUAGGGGCCGCCAGUCGACACUGUUUGGCCGACGGCACCCUGAGGAGCCCCUCUCUAUGGGAGCGUACUGGUCGGUGAGAGGCUAUUGGUAGCAGAAGGCGGUCUCGUAAAUACUCCGGUCCGAUGCCAUGGAGCGCUCUAAAGGUGGUAACCAAAACCUUGAAGCGCACCCGGAAGACCACCGGGAGCCAGUGCAGCUCGCGCAGGAGGGGGGUCACAUGGGAGCGCCACGUUGCUCCCAUAACCACCCGCGCAGCCGCAUUCUGGACCAGCUGGAGCCUCCGGGUGCUCCUCAAAGAGAGCCCCAUGUAGAGAGCAUUGCAGUAGUCCAAGCGGGAAGUAACGAGAGCAUGAGUGACCGUAUUUAACGAGUCCCGAUCCAGAAAGGGACGCAACUGGCGAAUCAGGCGGACCUGAUAAAAAGUCCUCCUUGCCACGGCCGUCAUGUGCUCUUCUAUAGACAGCUGUGAGUCCAGGAGGACACCCAAGUUGCGAACCCUCUCCGUGGGGGCCAAUGACUCGCCCCCAAUAGUCAGUGAUGGCACCAACUGACUAUAUCGGGAUGUCGGAAACCACAGCCACUCGGUCUUGGAUGGGUUGAGCCUGAGUCUGUUUCUCCCCAUCCAGAUCCGCACGGCCUCCAGGCACCGGGACAUCACUUCAAGGGCAUCAUUGGGGUGGUCCGGGGUGGAGAUGUACAGCUGAGUAUCAUCAGCGUACUGAUGGUACUUCACCCCGAAACCACGGAUGAUCUCACCCAGUGGCUUCACAUAAAUGUUGAACAGAAGGGGCGAGAGGACCGACCCUUGUGGCACCCCGCAUACAAGGGGCCUCGGGGUCAACCUCUGCCCCCCUGUCAAUACGGACUGCGACCGGUCAGAGAGAAAGGAGGAGAACCACCGUAGGACGGUGCCCCCCACCCCUAACUCCUCUAGCCGGUGCAGCAUGAUACCAUGGUCGAUGGUAUCAAAAGGCUUUAUUUACCACGGACCGGGCAUUGCACAGCAUCAGCCGAAGGCCCAGGGCCUGAGGGUCUGUGCAACCUGGGGAACGAGGCGAGCAAUGGAGGCCGGAGCGCGCCACCGCUUGGAGCCAGCAGACGCGCGCUCCCACAACCUGAUGUGGCCCCCUGCUCCCGCCAUAUCUGCCCCUCCCACCCACAGUACUUUAAUACAGUUCCUCAUGUUGUGGUGACCCCCAACCAUAAAAUUAUUCCUAAAAUCAUUGAAAAUAUGUGUUUUCCGAUGGUCUUAGGUGACCCCUGUGAAAGGGUCGUUCGACCCCCAAAGUGGUCGCGACCCACAGGUUGAGAACCACUGCAAUAGAACAUGUGAGGAAACUUUUGACAACUGCAGCACAUUCUCCCUGGGGCUGCCCUUGGAGACCAGCCAGAAGUUUCCACUGAUAGGGAAUGCAGUGGCUUGAGCAGUAAUGGACAUAUUUCAGUGUAUUUCGCAAGCUGCAUUGGUUGUCGAUUUGCUUCCGGUCCAAUUCAAGGUGCUGGUUGUUCCCUUGCAGGCCUCCGUGACCUAAGCCCUAAGGGACCAUCACCACCAUGAUUAUUGCAACUCUCGUAACUUAGCUAUCCUCAUGUCCCUAUGUAGACCUAUAAGAUCGGGGCCACAAAAAUCCAGAUAAUAUACGAAAUAGCAGCAAAGCCCUAAGUUUUUGCCUUCCCUAAAGAUGCCUUUUUAAAGAUUUGUCAUUUCCAGCAAGAACUUUAAUAAUAAAUAAAUUUCUUUACUUUUGUGCCCAAUUUGCUAUCUUGACUUCUCAUUUAUUUAUUUAU